UCCGUCAAACAGUAACUUCCUCUUAGUUUGGGGAUUAGAGUUACUUUAUGUCUGCUCCUGUUUGUCUAACUAUAAUAUCUCUCUCCUUCUUUAUAUGACAUAUUUGGGAGAGAAGCUCAGCAGACAUGAUGGUAUUAACAACAUGUAUGGGUGGUUCAAACAAAUGUUUAAAUCGACACAAAAUGAGAAGGGCAAGGCAACUGAAAAACCGAGGAGAGCUGGUGGGAAUAGAUAUGAAUUCUCUUCAUCGGCAUCAUCACAAGGACCAGCUGUAACUAAACCACCGCAGUUAAAGCUUUCCCUGAGUUCAGAGCUUAGAUGGAAACGGAAAUAUGACGUGUUUGUAUGUCACAGCUCUGCCCAGAGAGACAUUGAGGAGGCCAAACGCCUGGUUUUGUUCCUUGAGACGCCGCCCCGCAGCCUCAGGUGUUUCCUGUGGCACAGAGACUCAUGCCCGGGAGGUGCUAUAUCCACAGAGUUUUGCAAGGCUGUGGAGAACAGCCACAUACGGGCUCUGCUCAUUACUCCAAGCUUUGUGCAGGAUGGUUGGUGCAGUUACAUGAUGCACCAGGCCCUGGCAGAAGGACCCAUGUCCAAUAGGAUGAUACCACUGCUUCAGGGCCUGGCACACUCUCAAUACCCGCAGGAACUGAGGUUCUACUACUACAUUGAUCUGAGCAGGAAUCCUGACUAUGGCUUCAGUGUCGUCAACAAGACCAUACAAAGUUAUCUGGAGAAGUUGACACAACAUGAAAAUAAACUAUGCUGUAGCCUGGACUGCUCGAGCCGGGAGCCACAUGGAGGAGACGGCAUCCAAGAAGGCGAUGUGAAGUCUUUGCAAAACCCUGUGGAGACUUCGACUGCAAGAGAAGGAACACAGCAGAGAGAUGAAGGCAUCAGGGAUUUGCUGCCAAAAUGACAAAAAAACACACCUUACAGACUUUUUAUUAAACUCUGCAGUGUUCUAAAGAAAUUUCAAGGUCUGCAGAGUUCCUUAAAUACUAUUGACUUUCUAUUGGGUAUGUUCUCAAACUGCAACAAUCAGAAACAUUUGGGUUUAUUUUCUCUGCCAUAUCUACAGGUAUGUUAUAUGAGCAAGAUGUACCAACCCGUAAGCUAAAACUUAUACAAUAAUAAUCUAAUAUUAAAUGUGCGUUGGCUAGAAUAAAGAGAAACCUUUAUUUCUUUCCUUUUUAAAUCAAGUGCAUCCUCAGGUUGUUCAGAUUCUAAGCUUCCAUGUGGCAUUCAUUGUUUUAAGCUUGCUUUAAUUGGAUUUUGUCUGGUUUAAACUUUUUAAUUUCUCUGUGCUCCCUUAAUGACCUAUUUUGUGUGUCCUGCUUCUGUUUGACAAUAAAACAUGUGCUCUUGUA